ACCUAUUCUUGCAUACUUAUUUAGUAUUUUUUAGCUCAGUAUUGCCAUUUUUCUAAGGACUUACAGACUGUUGGAUUUCAAAUACUUCUGAGCUCAAGAUUUCAAGAGGUUAAGAGAGUCUCAGCAAAUGUAUAGAUCAUAACCUGUUAGAAGUAGCCAUAAAAAUCUAGUACAUUGUAAAGAUGAGUAAGUUAAAGAAUUGAGAUAUUAAGCAUUUUAUCAUGAUUGUAUAGCCAGUUAGUGUUAGACUUGGAACCAAAACCUAGUUCUUCUAAUUAUUUGUCAAGUAAUCUGAUGGACACAUAAGAACAUCAGUUCCUAAGUCACCCAAGUCUAGAAUAAGUCAAAUGAUUCUACAAGGUGUCUUUCAAGUAACCCGGUGUUCUACAUACUUGGACUGAACAUUGGCCUUCAAAUAUCUAGUUACAAAAAUUAUCAUAUAUGUGUGUAUGUAUGUGUGUGUAUAUAUACCUAUACAUACAGGGGUGUGUGUGUGUGUGUGUAUAUAUAUAUGCCCACUGCAGCGUCCUUUCCCGUGCAGACAUGGCCAUAUAUACAUAUAUAUACACACACACACACAUAUGCAUAUAUAUAUGCAUAGAGAGAUAUGAUUGUGACUGUAUGUAAUAAACCUAUACCUGAAAAUUGAUGUACACACACACACACACACAAAUAUGUAAAUAAAGAGUAAAUCACAAGUUCAAUUUAACCACCAUCUUCCUAAGCAAACCCGUGCCUUUGGAAAGAAGCCUACUUAAAGACCAUAUAGUUAGCAUCCUUUGGUCUGUAAGCCAAAGAGCGUACACAAUGGUAGAAAAACAUAUUUUCAACAGCUACCGCUCUCUGGCCCACUUUGUUCCCUUAGUCCCGAGUGCUCACCCACUGCAGCUUCCCUUCCCGUGCAGACAUGGCCUCAAGCACCACCACCACCGCCAUGAAGAUUGUAAUAAUUGGAACAGGUCUGGAUGAUCCAGAAAUUUUAGAAGGAAGAACUGAAAAAUAUGUGGAUACUUCAUUUGGCAAGCCAUCUGAUGCCUUAAUUUUGGGGAAGAUUAAAAAUGUUGAUUGUGUCCUCCUUGCAAGGCAUGGGAGGCAGCACACCAUCAUGCCUUCCAAGGUCAGCUACCAGGCGAACAUCUGGGCUUUGAGGGAAGAGGGCUGUACUCAUGUCAUAGGGACCACAGCUUGUGGCUGCUUGAGGGAGGAGAUUGAACCUGGCGAUAUUGUCAUAAUUGAUCAGUUCAUUGACAGGACCUCUUUGAGACCUCAGUCCUUCUGUGAUGGAAGUCAUUCUUGUGCCAGACGACUGUGCCACAUUCCAAUAGCCAAGACGUUUUGCCCCCAAAUGAGAGAGGUUCUUAUAGAGACGGCUAAGAAGCUAGGACUCUGGUGCCAUUCAAAGGGGACAAUGGUCACAACUGAGGGACUUUGUUUUAGCCCUUGGGCAGAAAACUUCAUGUUCUGCACCUGGGUGGAUGCUAUCAACAUGCCCACAGUUCCAGCGGUGGCCCUUGCUAGGGAGGCUGGAAUUUAUGCGAGUAUCGCCAUGGUGACAGAUUAUGACUGGUGGAAGGAGCACAAGGAAGUAGUUUUGGUGGACCGGGACUUAAAGACCCUGAAGGAAAAUGCUAGUAAAGCCAAAAGUUUACUUCUCACUACCAUACCUCUAGGGUCCAUGGAAUGGUCAAAAACCCUCCAGAGCCUGAAGAAUAUAGCCCAGUUUUUUGUUUUAAAAUUUUUGCAAUCUAUCCAUCUGACAAAGGGCUAAUAUCCAGAAUCUACAAAGAACUUAAACAAAUUUACAAGA